UGCUCUCUCAGCUCGCAGCAGCUUCAACAUGGCCGACGAAAAGGCGCCGGACGGAGAGAAACUCAGCAAAAAGUCUGUCCGCUGAGUAGCUCAGCAUGCUGUGCCUGGUCAGGGCAGCCAGGCAGCAGCUGUGCCAGGCCUUUGGGCUCAGGGGGCAGUGGUUUAAAUGUGCUGCCCCGUGUACAGAGGCAGUCUCGACUCAUAUUUACGGGAUCCGUUGGAGAGGUGACAAAAGUGAGCUGAAGAGACGAAUGAAAGCCGACAAGAAGGUGGCCGAAAAAGAAGCCAAGAUCAAAGAGCAGUUGGACCAAAAGAAAGAAUCCAACGACCAGGGAGCGCAAAAUGCCUCUGGAUUGGAUGAGGAGACGCUCGACCCAAAUCAAUACUACAAGAUCCGCACCCAGGCCAUCCAGGAGCUGAAGGGCACAGCAGAGGACCCUUACCCCCACAAGUAUCAUGUCGACCUCUCACUCACAGGGUUCAUCGAGAAAUACAGUAACCUGCAGCCUGGAGAUCAGCUGACAGACGUUGUUCUCAAUGUCUCAGGCCGCGUCCAUGCCAAGAGGGCUUCUGGUGCCAAGCUCAUUUUCUACGACCUGCGAGGAGAAGGCGUCAAGUUGCAAGUCAUGGCAAACUCAAAGACCUACAAGUCUGAAGAGGCCUUUGCAGCAAUCAACAACAAACUGCGUCGUGGCGAUAUCAUCGGUGUCCGCGGCAACCCAGGGAAAACAAAAAAAGGAGAGUUGAGCAUCAUUCCCAUCGAGAUGACCCUACUAUCGCCAUGUUUGCACAUGUUGCCCCACCUCCACUUUGGCCUCAAAGACAAGGAAACACGUUUCCGCCAGCGCUACUUGGAUCUCAUUCUCAAUGACUACGUGAGGCAAAAGUUCAUAACUCGCUCCAAAAUCAUCACAUACCUGCGCAGCUUCCUGGACCAGCUGGGAUUUUUAGAGAUCGAGACACCUAUGAUGAACAUCAUUCCUGGUGGAGCAGUGGCUCGUCCAUUUGUUACUCACCACAAUGAGCUGGAUAUGAACCUGUUCAUGAGAAUCGCACCAGAGCUCUACCACAAGAUGCUUGUGGUUGGCGGACUAGACAGAGUGUAUGAGAUUGGUCGUCAGUUCAGGAAUGAAGGCAUCGAUCUUACUCACAAUCCAGAGUUCACCACCUGUGAAUUCUACAUGGCAUAUGCCGAUUACCACGAUUUGAUGGAGAUCACAGAGAAACUACUCUCAGGAAUGGUGAAACACAUCACUGGAGGAUACAAGGUGGCGUAUCACCCCGAUGGCCCAGAGGGACAGGCCCAGGAGAUUGACUUCACGCCGCCAUUCAGAAGAGUGAGCAUGACACGAGACCUGGAGAAGGUGAUGGGAGUGAAGUUCCCUCCUACCGACAGCUACGACAGUGACGAGACUCGUAAGUUCUUUGACGACCUGUGUGCACAGAAAGGAGUUGAGUGUCCACAACCCAGAACCACUGCCCGCCUCCUCGACAAGUUGGUUGGAGAUUUCCUUGAGGUCACCUGUAUCAACCCCACUUUCAUCUGUGAACACCCUCAAAUCAUGAGUCCCUUAGCAAAAGGGCACAGAACACAGAAAGGCCUUACAGAGCGUUUUGAGCUCUUUGUGAUGAAGAAGGAAGUCUGCAAUGCUUACACUGAGUUGAAUGAUCCGAUUAGACAGAGGGAGCUUUUUGAGCAGCAAGCAAUGGCGAAGGCCGAGGGCGAUGAUGAGGCCAUGUUCAUUGAUGAGACCUUCUGCACAGCUCUUGAAUACGGACUGCCACCGACUGCCGGCUGGGGGAUGGGCAUCGAUCGUCUCGCCAUGUUCCUCACUGACUCCAACAACAUCAAGGAGGUGCUGCUCUUCCCAGCUAUGAAGCCUGACGACAACAAGGCAGCGCCUACAGAGGGCACCUCCGUCUAAUGACAGGGCGGCUCCUACUAUCUGCACCGUGGGGGAGGAACCUCUCCCUCCCUGUGGUCAUCAGUGGGGCCGGCAGGUUUUUUGUUUUAUCAAUGUUGGUAUUUGAUCAGUCAUGUGUGAUCUGCUGUUGUAUGAAAACUUGGAUGAAAUAUUUUUAAAUUUAUUUUGAGAUAUUUCCCAGUAUGCUUAAUUCAAGCUACCAAAUGCAGAGUAGAUACACAAAAUAUUUAAGCUCAAGCCCCUGUGUUGUCAUUAAAUCUGUUUUGCCAGGUCUGCUUGUAUAUGAGAGGUUUGAGACUUGAGCUACACCACCAAGUCCAUAUUCCUCUGCCCGGAAAUUAAAACAUGGCUGACAAAAUAAAGUCCAAAUGAAUAGUU